AUGGCUUUCGGCCCUUUCGGCCUUCGUGAAAUAAGAAAUGGGCGCCAAGAAACGAUGGGACAGAUUGAAAGAUCAAGCAGCAGGACGAGGAGCGCUGCAUCGGAGGCUGGUGCCAGUACCAGUACUGUUGGCGUUAAUACCAGCGGCGGCAGUGCAUAUGCUACAGCCGCGGCAGCCGCAUCCAAAGCCCCAACACAGCUGCGAAUACGGGCCAUCCGUGUGACAAGGGAUGGUGCAGUGUACAUGGAGUCCCAACCUCGGGACGUUGACUUGGGCAUCCUGCCGCGGAGCAGUCAGACGAACCAUUCCAAAAUUGAUGCAUCAAGCCAAGAGCAACAGGACCAACAGCCACAUGAAGGUCAUGACUACGGCAUGGCUCCGCCGCCGAACGAAUUCAGCGGCAGCAGGGUAACCCAGGGCAGCGCAACUCGUAAGGCGCGAAGGCUCCAGCAGCAGCUAAGUCGCCAUCGUCACACGGGGACCAGAGGGCAAAUGCUUGCAGCAGGAGCUAUUAUCACCAGCAGGUGCCCUCGCAACCACACCUCGUCUUGGCCUACGCUGAAUGAAAUUCUGCAGCAGCAGCGGAAAAAUUCGGAUCACGAGUAUGCCCACGGGCAUGAAGUGGAACAAGCAGAGGAAGAAGAGGGGGAAGGGGAGGCGGGCACGGAGCUGCAGCAGCCAGGCCAACAGCAGCAAGAACAGCAGCAGCAGGGACAAGGACAGCGAUCCAAGCUCAAAAAACUAGGAUUGCUGCAACAGACGCGGGCACAUAGACGCAGCCUUGUAGAUGAUCGAUACCCUGCGAACGUGUUGGUCUGGCCGCACACCGUCAUCGGGCGGCUGACCUUCACCGUGAAAAACACAUGGUAUCUUUGCACUGGCACAUGGAUAUCGCCGUACGACGUCUUGACUGCGGGCCACUGCGUAAUAGACAUCAAUAAGAAUAUCCAAUCGCGCCUAUUCACAUUUGAGGCAGGAAAGCACCUGCUGCCGCUGCUGCUGCAUCUAAAUUUUCUGAAACCCGAAUACUUCCCAUCACAGGUCGCGGACGUUGUCCCCGAUGGCGCCAUUCCUUACUCCUUCUUCACAUUCUACCGAGUGGAAUACCCCCGCACUGGCGGCGGCGGUGUCAACUACUUUGACAUCGCUCUCAUCCGGAUGAAGUCCCCAACAUUGUCCUACAUGGGCAUCAAGUACUCGUGUACACAGUCGGGUUCUCCCAUCUUCGACCUGAGCGACUACCGCAUCCUGGGCGUCCUCAGCGGAGGUCCCAGCAGCCCAGAGCUCGCCGACCUGUCCAUUUGGACACCUAUAGAUGCGCUGCAUUUCGACAGCCUGACGCGGUGGAUGUGGCAGCCUGGGCAGGGCGCUGACGAGAAGACUCCGUCCCCAACACCGCCGGCUGACUUUGGCAACCAAAGUUGUUCUAUAGGCCAAGCAGGCAGCAUACGGCUAGUCGAUGGGCCAAACGCUGCAGUUGGGCGCGUAGAAAUUUGUAGGGAUGGCAGCUGGGGCCUGGUUUGCAGCGAGGAUCCCUACGAUGUCCCAAACGCCCAAGUCAUAUGCAGGCAACUAGGUUACUCGACCGGACGCUUCGUCAGCCCGGACUACUUAGGAGAUCCCCCUAAACAGCUGCGCACCUGGCUCCUUCCCACCUGCAACGGCACUGAAAGCAGCCUGGCGCAGUGUCUGCCGCUACUUGGCGGCACCUGGGGCAACGCCUCGUCUCUCUGUUCCAGGUCUAUCACUGUAGAUUGCGGCACGGCCAACAGUGCAAACAUGACGGAGGACAGGAACCCCACGUCGUACAAAUAUCCUUGUUACACUGAAGGUGCGGUACGGCUCCAGGACAGCGACAGCGCCUGGUGGGGCCGCGUGGAGUACUGCAGCCGGGGGCAGUGGGGCAGCAUCUGUCACGACCUAUGGGAUGACCUGGACGCUGCAGUGGUUUGCCGCCAGCUGGGGUAUCCGUACGGUACGGCGCUUAAGGGUGCCGUGGCCAACGGCCAGAGCCCGCCCGGUCCGGAGGGCAUGCACAUCUGGCUACAGCAGGUCUACUGCAGGGGGCAUGAGAGAUCCCUGGAGGACUGCCCUGUGCUGGUGCCUCCGGGUCAAACUGGGUGCAGCCACCGGGCCGAUGCGGGGGUGGUCUGCUCCUUGACAUCCUUCGACGACAGCAUCGGAGUUGCCCCAGCGGCCGUUGAGGACCUAUGCUUCUCACCGGGGGAUUUGCGUGUGGUGGAUUCAGAUGGCAGCAGCAGUGACUACAGCGCCUCCCUUGUGGGUCGGUUGGAGGUGUGUUACGGCGGCCAAUGGGGCGGGGUGUGCGCCAUGAGCUUCAGUGACGAGGAGGCCACCAUCGCUUGUCGCCAGCUGGGGUACACCUUUGGGCGAAGUAUACCAGCAGAGCCAAGACCAGGGAUGCCCAUUUGGAUGAGCGAGGUGAAUUGCUUCUGGCCCGGCGGCUACUAUACCUUCUGGCCGUCGAGGCUUACAUCGUGCACCUUCUGGGGUAUGGAAGACGUCGGCUGCCCGCUCCGAAUGGUGACGGGUGUGGAGUGCGCCAACGACGCGAUCGGGUUCGUGGACAGACCGACGCCCUGCAGCUUGGAGGGUGCGCUGCGUCUGGUAGGCACCGACCUGGGCGACCUGGGCAGGCUGGAGAUCUGCCAAUCGGGCUACUGGGGAACUAUUUGCGAGAGCGGCUUCAACCAGGCCGCCGCCACGGUCGCCUGCAGACAGCUGGGCUAUGCGUCCGGAAAUGUUCUGCCGGCGCCACCUCCGCCUGGUCCAUUCCCAUGCCCCAACUCGGGAAAUGUACGGCUCGUCGAUUCCAUCGGACGCAUCACGUACGACAGUGGGCGGUUGGAGAUCUGUCUGAAUGGCCAAUGGGGGACGGUAGGUAUGGGCCAGGUGUGCGGCAUCGGCUUCGAUGCCAAGGAUGCGCACGUGGCAUGCAGGCACUUUGGCUUCUCGACCGGUGUGGUUGUACCCACCAUCGCGCCCAACCCCUACGGUCCGGGCACGUAUCGUCAGCCUAUCAACAUGCAGGACGUCAACUGCAAUGUACCUCCGCCGUCGCCAUACCCGCCGCCGCCACGGCAACCGCCCCUACCACCAUCCUCGGCCCCACCAUCCCCGGUACCAGUACCUCCGCGUGCUCCACUUCCGCCGCCACGGCAACCGCCCCUACCACCACCCUCGGCCCCACCAUCCCCGGUACCAGUACCUCCGCCGUCGCCAUACCCGCCGCCGCCACGGCAACCGCCCCUACCACCAUCCUCGGCCCCACCAUCCCCGGUACCAGUACCUCCGCGUGCUCCACUUCCGCCGCCACGGCAACCGCCCCUACCACCACCCUCGGCCCCACCAUCCCCGGUACCAGUACCUCCGCCGUUGCCAUACCCGCCGCCGCCUCCGCUGCCAUCACAACCGUCGGCUUCACCGGCACCGCCUCUGCUGCCUCCACCGCCGUCGCCACUUGUGGAUGACAGUACAUGUGAAUACCCAGGGGACGUCAGGCUGGUAGGCGGUAAGUCCCCCAACAACGGCAUGCUGCAAUACUGCGGUGACGAUGGCAGCGGCAUUGCCCAAUGGGGCUCUGUCUGCGGUACGGGAUUCAGGCUCGCAGAGGCGCGUGCGGCCUGCAGGCAGCUGGGUUAUAAGGAUGGCUUUCCGAUUUACAAGCCGUACCAACCGACGUGGGGAGCUAACGGCCAGUACUACACGUUCCAGACGAACCCCCCUCUCAUGCCCAUCAUGCUCGGAGGCGUGCAGUGCCCCGUCGGUGCGGAAGACUUGGCCACCUGCAGCGCCUUGGCCAUGCCUCGUCAGUGCAUGCACCACCAGGAUGUUGCGCUGGUGUGCAUGAACUUCAUUCGGCAAAGCCUCAGACGGUACACAUGCAACAACAUGGGCGCGGUCCGGCUGGUGGCAGGCAAUUCCUCCAGGGAGGGUAUCGUGCAGAUCUGCAAGGGCGGCCUUUGGGGCACCGUGUGCGAUGACGGCUGGGAUGACGUGGAUGCCAACACCGUAUGCAGGCAGCUUGGCUAUUUCAAGGGCGGAUGGGCGUUGGGGCCAACGAGCCGGAACAUCAAGGGCACCCGAGCGGGACCCUUCCAGCAAGGCCCCCAGGAUAUGCGGGUUUGGUUAACUCAAGUCAACUGCACCAAGGCCAACAAUAAGUUGCUCGACUGCGCCAAUGGCGGCAGCGCGGCUGUGACCCAGAGCUGCAAGGCACAUGUCGGGAUUACGAAGGUCCUGCUACGUAUCGUAUACGAGCCGAUGGCGAGCAUGUGA